AUGAAUACAACAAAUUCAUCAUGGUUUUCAUAUUUCCAUUUCCCAAAGGGUAAAACAAAAGAAUAUUCAGAUCUACGGAAUAAAACAACUAUAAAAUAUGGUAAUAUUACAACAAUACUAUUAAUAAUUUACAUUAUAUCUAUACCAAUUUACAAUUACUUUAUAAUUCAUUAUUAUAGAUCAAAAUUUCAUUUUUUAAAAAGAUUUUAUUCAAAAUUAAAUUAUUAUAUAAUUCAUGAUUAUCAACCAAAUUGUUUAAAUGCUUCAAUAUGGGAAAAAAUUGUGACAAAUUUAGCAAUAAUUAUUAAAAAAAUAGCAUUUCAAAUUUUAUUACAUUUUUCAACAAUUAUACAAUUAAUCUUUUGGGUGGUAUUUUUAUCAAGUUUAUCAUUAAUUGAUAUAUAUCAUGGAGAUUUAAUAUUUUUAGCCAAAAGAUUAGGUAGAGUUUGUGCAAAUUGUUUACCAACAGUUUUAUUUUUAACUUUAAGACCUUCUCCAUUACCAAAUAUUUUAUAUUUAACUUUAAUUCCAAUACAUAAAUGGUUAAGUAGAUUAAUUAUUGUACAAGCUGUUAUUCAUACAAUUAUUUAUUUAUUUUAUUUUAAUUAUUCAAAUACAUGGUUUAAAGCAUGGAAAUUAGAAAAUAUUUAUGGUUGGAUUGCAUUAUUUGGAUUUUUAGUCAUAAUAUUUACAUCAUUAUCAAAAUUUAGAGCAAGAUGGUAUAAAACGUUUUAUUUUUGUCAUUAUGCAAGUACUUGGAUUAUAGUGGCAUGUUUACAAUUUCAUAUUAGACCAUCACCAUAUACUUUAUAUACAAUUGCAAAUGUUUCAAUACUAUUAUGUCAAAUAAUUUAUAGAUUACAUCUUACUAGAGUUUCAACAAAAUCAGAAGUUAAAGUUAUAGAUGUAUCACCAAAUUUAUCAUUAAUUGAAUUCCCCAAUAAUUUAAUUGUAAAACCUGCUAUUGCUCCAGGUGCUCAUAUUAGAAUAACAAAUUAUAGUUCAAAUUUUAUUGUUAGAAUUUGGAAACAAAUUAUCCCAAAUUAUCAUCCAUAUACUUUAGUUUCAUUACCACAAGAUAAACAACAAAAAUUAAUAAUUAGAAAAAGUAAAUUUAAAAUUUUAAAUAAUUAUAGAUAUUUAAUAACUGGUUCAUUUGAUCCUCAUUUAAUGUUUAUUCAUUAUAAGCAACCUAAAAAUUCAUCAAACACAAAUUUUACAUUAUCAAAAUUACAUAUAGAUGCAAAAAGAGUCCUUAUAGUAGUAGGAGGAUCAGCAAUAUCAUUUGCUUUACCAAUAUUAAGAAGUAUGAAUUAUCAUGGUAUACCAACAAAAGUAAUAUGGGUUAUAAAAGAUUUUAGAGAUGUUUUAAUUUUAAAAUAUUUUGAAGGUUAUAUUCAUGGAGAUGAUUUUGAAAUUUUUAUAACAGGAAAUGAUAAUUUAGAUCAAGAAAAAUCAUUAUUAACUUCAAAAUAUUCAUCUAACUUGAAGAAAAGAUCAUCACAACCUUCAAUGCAUUAUGAUUUAGAAAAUGAAGAAACUCCUUUAUUAAAUUCUUUAACAAAUAAUAAUCAAUUUAUAAGUUUAAAUAAAGAAAAUCAAAUUGAAGAUGUUGAUAUAAGUGUUAAUUCAGAUGAUGAAAAUUAUGAUAAUUGUUCAAAUUGUACUCAACGACAUAACAAUACCAAUUGUAAUCAAUCUUUUUCACCAGGAACUUUUAAUGAUUUAGAUGAUGUAUUAGACCAAGAUUUAGAAUCAUUAGAAUAUGAAGAAGAUCCUAUAACAAAUAAAUCCAACAAUGAAAUAGAUAUUAAUAGAGAAGAAAAUGAAGACGAUGAAGAUAACGAUGACGAAGCUGAUGAAUUUGAAGUAACUAAUCAAACAAUAAAUACCACACACCAACAUCAUCAUUCAAGAAAAUCAUCAAUGAAUGAAAGAUUUAUACCAAAAUAUGGAACAGAUUCAACAGACGCGAUAAAAUCAUAUAUUCAAUCUUUCAAAACCAUAACAAAAUCUCUUAAGCUAAAUAAAAAAAUAUAUAAAGGACGACCAAAAUUAAAUAAAAAUUAUUAUAAUUGGUGUAUAAAUGAAGGUUUCACUCAAUGUUCAGGACCUGUGAUGGAUGAAAAUAAUAAUUUAAUAUGUUGUAAAGAUUUAUCAAAAAAUAAAAUUAUUCAAGAAGAUUUAAAUUGUGAAAAAAUUUGGGUUAUUAGUGCUGGUCCAUCAAAAUUAGUUGAAAAUGUUAAAUUAUGGUCAAGUGAAAAUGGUUUAAAAUUUCAUGAAGAAGCUUUUUAUGCGUAA